ACGAUGAACGACAGCCUCUACGUGGAAGUUUGUGUUGGUUGUGGCCUCGCCGACGCCAACGCGCCGCAGUGUCCCAAUCGGCGAUCAUUCGCCGAUAGCUACAACCAUCUCUUUAUUUCGUCCGAAUUGUCUUUCUAGGGCUAUUACUUGUGCUUCAGAUGCUAAGAUCUCGUGCUCCGAUGUUCUGCAAUAGGACUGUCGGGCUCUGCCCACCCCUCCGGGAUUUUCGCCGAACGCCAUUGUUGGUCUCCAUCAUACAUGAGAGAAAGUGGCUCGGAUGUCUCGGUCCUCGGAGUGAAAUCUCUAGAGAUUUCAUGAGAAGAAUCUCAAGCCAGUCGAAUGAAAAGUUUGCCUCAGCCUCAGCAAAUGCAUCAUCCCCUUUGUCAGCUUUGUUGUCUGAUGCUGAGAUUCUACCCGGAAGAAGUGAUGAUCAUGGAGGAGUAGUUGUUGAAAUGAAUGGUGCUCCGAUGAGCUCUGAUUCUUUUCUUUCUUUGUUAAGGGCAUCAAUAUCAAAAUGGAGGCAACAGGGGAAGAGAGGAGUUUGGUUGAAAUUGCCCAUUGAACAUGCAAAUCUUGUCCAACCUGCUGUUCAGGAAGGAUUUUGGUACCACCAUGCAGAACCGAGUUAUUUGAUGCUUGUGUACUGGAUCCCUGCUAGUAAAAAUACAUUGCCUGUUAAUGCCACUCAUAGGGUGGGCGUUGGUGCAUUUCUGAUAAAUCAGAAAAGAGAGGUUUUGGCAGUCCAGGAAAAGAGUGGGAAACUUAGCGGCUCUGGUUUUUGGAAACUCCCUACAGGCGUUAUUGAGCAUGGUGAAGAUAUAUUUGCAGGUGCCGUAAGGGAAGUCAAGGAGGAGACAGGAAUUGAUGCUGAAUUUGUGGAAGUGCUUGCGUUCAGGCAAAGCCAUAUGGCAUUUUUUGAAAAGUCUGAUUUGUUCUUCGUGUGCUUGAUGAAUCCUCUUUCAUUUGACAUUCAAAAGCAAGAAUCAGAAAUUGAAGCAGCUCAGUGGAUGCCAAUUGAAGAAUUUGCUUCCCAACCUAUUGUCCACAAACACGAGCUUCUCAAAUACAUCGUUGAGGUUGGGCUAGCGAGGUUUGAGAAGGGCUUCAGUGGCUUCUCACCACUUUCUAUCACGUCAGUCUUCUCUAAUAGGCAGAGCUCUCUCUAUCUUAAUACUGAGUACUUGAACAGCCGCUCUUCCUGAUGUGUUCAUCUCUUUAUCGAGGCUCAUUUUACCAUUGGUCAAUUGUGCAAUUAUUUGUAAGGUCACCGAGGUAUGUCAUCUCAUGCCUUCAUAAGAUUUUCAGUUUAAAUUUAAAGUACUGAUGGUGUACUUUAAACUCACCAAAAUGAUGAUAACGAUGAAAUUAUAUGUUAGGCAACAGUAUUUACAAAACCAAAACGAGCAUCCAUCAACUUAGAAAUGUCA